UACAGACAAAUGACUUACCUACUCGCGCCGAACAGCUGCAGCGGCCUCCUCAAUAUCGCGUGCGUCUCGCCCCAACACCCUGCCUCUUCGGCGGUGACCCGAUCCGCCUCGCGCACGCCCGUCAGCGACGUCGGCUGGAGCUCCGGCAGGUGGCCCUCGGACUCGGUGAUGGACCGGAACGACUCGUGGAACUGCGCCGCGGGCGACGUCCGCUCGCAGAGCCGGAACUCGAGCCCGCACCGCCAGGGCGUGUCCACGACCAACUGGCCCGCAUUCGUGCCGUUCUGGCCCACGUGGUCGAAGCGCACGCCGGCCCGUCGUAACUGGUCGGCCGUGUCCGCGACGGAACUACACCGGAAGACCAGGGCCGCGGCGGACGAAGAGAGCGGCUGGACGCGCCAGUCGACGCCGCCGCUCCGGAUGACGCCGGGCGGCGUGCUCUUCGGCUGGGCCACCCUUCUUUUUACUUCGAAGAACGCGUCCGCCGCGUCGAGUUUCGACGAGGAGACGACGACCUCCCUCAGUAAACCUUUGCUCGUCCGCGACGCUUCCAGGCGCGCGUCGCGCAGCACGGCCGGCGUCUCGCCCAACAGCGCGUGUCGUGCCAGCCAGGACGACGCGAGCGCUAAGGGUGCCGGCGAGCUUCCGUCCGGCCCGCUCGCGACGAGGGCGCCCAACCGUGGUGCGUUCCGUAAUCGUCGAAGCUCCGAGAGCCAGCUCACCUCUCUCAGCUCCACUCUGACGUUGUCCGCGGCGGCGACGGCGCGGCAGCCGUGCGCCACGCGCUCCAGUGGAGAGGUGGCGAGGCCCAGUUUCGAGAGCGUGUCCGAGGCCGCCCUUACGGCUCGUACGGAAUCAGUUAACACUGUUAAGCGGAGCAUGGUACGUGUUUUUCGGGUUCAGGUGCUCUGAGAUUGCUUUUGAACGCGGACGACGUUAGCUGAAGCUUGGUGCGCCGCUGUAGCACCUUCCUGGCUGUAUGUGUCGAUGGUUUUUACGAGCGUUGCAAUUAUUGGCGCGGCGGUCGUGGCACUGCGUACUUGGCCUUGCUCGC